AUGUCUGACGCAGCAGCUAAAGGAGGAAAACAGGCACCUAAAGUAGCCAAGAAAGGUGAAAAAAGAGCCGGCAAAAAAGGAGGAAAGAUUGGUGGAACUGGUGAAAAGAAACGCAAGAGAAAGAGAAAGGAAAGUUAUGCUAUUUACAUCUACAAUGUUUUGAAACAAGUUCACCCAGAUGUCGGAGUUUCAAGCAAAGCUAUGAGCAUCAUGAACUCAUUUGUCAACGACAUCUUUGAGCGCAUUGCUUCCGAAGCUUCGCGUUUGGCUCUUCAAAACAAAAAGUCGACCAUCUCUUCUCGUGAAAUUCAAACCGCAGUACGUCUUCUCUUGCCUGGAGAACUUGCAAAACACGCAGUCAGUGAAGGAACAAAAGCCGUCACAAAAUACACAAGCAGCAAGUAAAC